AUGCGCUGGAUAGAAUGUGUUGUAGGAGCAGCAUUUGUUGCUUUCAGUGAAGCUUCAACAUUGACACCACCUGUUAUACCUCUGAUCGUGAGGAAUCCGUAUUUAAGCACUUGGCUGGGACAUGCUAGAGAGCUUCCUUGGGAGCAUUGGCCGAUUUUCUGGACUGGACAAGAGGUUGGAUUGUCAAUUCUAGCUGCUGUUCCCGCUACGAAUGAUGUAUAUCCACUACUAGGAAGACCUCAAGACUCGCUUCCUAAAUCCGAUCAGAGCUUCAAUGUUUCCUACCCUACCUACCUCGGCGCAACGUUCGAUGCUUCCACGACGAAUCUGACAUACGAGAUACCAAGUGCGAAUCAUUCGAAUGCCGCUUCAGUGAUAGUCGUUUCCUUCCUUUCCCCAAUCACCCCCACCUCGACAUUGCGACAGUCCAUACCCGCUUCGUACAUCACAGUCUCAGUCAAUGGCAAAGCUGAUAUCGAUAUAUAUAUUGACUUGAACGGUCUAUGGGUUAGCGCAAAUCGAGGGAAUACAAUUCAGUGGGAGAUGAGCCAAACUCCACACGAAGAAAGAGAAAAGAAACAUCCAUCUCUGCAGACCUGGAAAAUCAAGCGCCAGAUCGAGCAGCUACUGACAGAAGAUGCGGAUCGAGCAGAAUGGGGAACCCUACAUUUUUCUGGACCUGCGGAUGUUCAAUACGAAGCUGGAACUUCUGCUCUUCUCCGUCAGCGAUUUGCCAGAAACGGAACGCUGCAAAACACGAUUGACAAUAAUUUCCGCGCCAUCAUGGAUGAAGAACCCGUCUUUGCAUUCUCCAAAUCUUUUAAAGCAAACGAUACUUCCAACAAAGGUGGAAAAUCCAAGAACAGCGUUCUGUUCACGAUAGCACAUAUUCAGGACCCCGUAAUCCAGUUUGCUUCGGCAAGAGGCUUGACUUUGAUGAAGCCGCUUUGGGCAGCAUAUUAUUUCUCGCCAGAAAAGCUGCUUGACUUCCAUUACUAUGAUUUUGAAGUAGUCUCCCAACUGGCCAGCAACUAUUCGAGGCAGCUAGAAAUAGACGCUCUGAAAUCUGGUUCCGAAGAUUACAAGGAUAUCUUGGCGUUGAGCGCUCGACAAGUGCUUGGAGCUUGUUCAUUUUCAGGCACACCUGAUGAUCCCAUUAUUUUUUUCAAGGAAAUAUCGUCUGACGGUAACAUGAACACAGUCGAUGUGAUUUAUCCAGCAUUUCCAUUCUUUUUGUAUACCAACCCGAGAUGGUUGGCAUAUCUUUUAGAGCCGCUCAUUGAGCAUCAACUUAGCGGCCAGUAUCCGAAUGACUACAGCAUGCAUGAUCUUGGUUCUAGCUUUCCGAACGCGACUGGUCAUCCUGAUGGUCGAGACGAGUAUAUGCCUGUAGAGGAAUGUGGGAAUAUGCUUAUAAUGGGCUUGGCAAUGAUUAACUCCAUGAAGUAUGAUACUGAACCUGCAAGCCUAUGGUCUGAAUCCGGAUCGCAGCGAUAUAUCGAGUCUGCAGGCGGAUCUGUAUCGCUUCACGUCGACGAAAACGGCAUGGAUGAUUCCUUUGGCGGGCGAAUAUCAGCCAAAGGCGAGAAACAAGCACGUAAGUGGGUUGAAGCUUCUUACAGAUUGUGGAAGCAGUGGACCGGAUAUCUUGUUCGUGAAGCGUUGAUCCCGAGCAAUCAACUAUCUACAGAUGACUUUGCUGGAUGGCUUGCAAACCAAACGAACCUUGCUUUAAAAGGUAUUAUCGGAAUUCGAGCAAUGUCGGAAAUUUCAGAGUUGAUCGGGGAGACCGAUGAUGCUAAGUAUUAUCGGAACAUUUCCGAAACAUAUAUCAAAAGGUGGGAAAGGGAAUUCGCUCUCUCUAGAGACGGCACCCACGCUAAGUUGGCGUACACAUGGUUUGGUAGUUGGACAACUUUGUACAAUUUGUUUGCGGAUUCGUUGCUGUGUUUCCAUUUACCGGACGGCUCGAGCUCCUCCUCUGUGGGUAAACAGGAACUUUUAGUGGAACACGAGGCAUCCAAAUCUAAGACCUCAUUUGUCAACGAGAGGAUUUACAAGAUACAGAGCGACUGGUAUCAUAACGUUCGCCAAAAGUAUGGACUUCCUCUCGACAGCCGGCAUCUAUACUCCAAGAGCGAUUGGGAGUUCUUUGCGGUUGCGGUUGCAAGCAAGCAAGUCCGGGAGGAAAUUGUUGAUUCAAUCGCAUUGUGGGUGAACGAGACCUCGACGGAUAAACCACUGACAGAUUUGUAUGAUACUGAAGGAACCGGAGGGUUUCCCGGGUUUGAAUUCAAAGCUAGACCAGUUGUCGGCGGACAUUUCGCUUUCUUGGCUCUGGAAAGAGCAUGUGGUGGGAAAGCUAUGGAAGGAUUGAACUUCCUCAAUGAUGAGCCAGCCAUGGAAUUCUCACCUUUGAUCCAUGAUGAGCCGCAGUGGAUCGCUCUUAAAUGGAACGACGAUUGUUGGUAA